AUGCGCAUCGGGCGAGAUGUCCCUCCAGACGAUCCAAGCUACGGUACCUACCUGUACGGCCCAAAUCUCUGGCCCGAUAUGCCAGAGGAGGAGUUCAAGAAUCCGAUCAUGACUUAUCGGGAGCAUAUGCUUCGACUGGGUACAGAGACUAUAAAGAUUCUAGCAAUAGGCCUGCCGUACAGCGACGAUGUGUUUGACGAUUUCAUGCGCGAUCCAGUUGCUGCCCAUCCGGGUCAAGAAGGCCUCCAAGUCUUACAUCCAGCCCUAGAUUCUUGGAUUCCUGUCCCGACGGUUGAGAACACCUAUGUGGUCAAUGUUGGCGACGUUCUAUCUGCUUGGACCAAGGGACAAUACCGAAGCGCCCUGCACCGGGUGAACAACGAAAGCACGACCAAUGAUCGAUACAGCAUUCCAUUCUUCUUGGAUGGGACCAUGUUCGCGGUCAUGAGUCCGUUGGAUGGCUCCUUGACGUUGCAAACGGGGUAA